CGUCGGCAGCGUCGGCGGAGGCCGGGAGGCUUAGGCGGCUGAGGUGGCCGCUGGCGCUCUGGUCCGGGCGCGGCCGAUAUGGCGAAAAGCAGCAAAGAGAAUGGGCCGCGCGCGCCCGCAUCGGGCGGGAGCCUGUCCGGGACCCGAGAGAGCCUGGCCCAGGGCCCCGACGCCGCCACUGCCGAUGAGCUGAGCUCCCUGGGCUCCGACUCGGAGGCCAACGGCUUCGCCGAGCGCCGCAUCGACAAGUUUGGCUUCAUCGUGGGUUCGCAGGGCGCUGAGGGCGCGCUGGAGGAAGUUCCCCUGGAGGUGCUGAGGCAGAGGGAGUCCAAGUGGCUGGACAUGCUCAACAACUGGGACAAAUGGAUGGCCAAGAAGCACAAAAAGAUUCGUCUUCGAUGCCAGAAGGGCAUCCCACCUUCUCUGCGGGGACGAGCUUGGCAGUACCUGUCAGGAGGCAAGGUGAAACUUCAGCAGAAUCCUGGAAAAUUUGAUGAGCUGGACAUGUCUCCUGGGGACCCCAAGUGGUUGGAUGUGAUUGAGCGUGACCUGCACCGGCAGUUCCCUUUCCAUGAGAUGUUCGUGUCCCGGGGAGGCCACGGCCAGCAGGACCUGUUCCGUGUACUGAAGGCCUACACGCUGUACCGCCCUGAGGAGGGCUACUGCCAGGCCCAGGCGCCCAUUGCUGCGGUGCUGCUCAUGCACAUGCCUGCUGAGCAAGCCUUCUGGUGUCUGGUCCAAGUCUGUGAGAAGUACCUGCCUGGCUACUACAGUGAGAAACUGGAGGCAAUCCAGCUGGAUGGCGAGAUCCUCUUCUCACUGCUACAGAAGGUGUCCCCUGUGGCUCACAAGCACCUUAGCCGCCAGAAGAUUGACCCCCUGCUGUACAUGACGGAGUGGUUCAUGUGUGCUUUUGCCCGCACGCUCCCCUGGAGCUCUGUGCUGCGAGUUUGGGACAUGUUCUUCUGUGAAGGAGUCAAGAUCAUCUUCCGCGUGGGGCUGGUACUGCUGAAGCAUGCCCUAGGCUCCCCAGAGAAGCUCCGAGCCUGCCAGGGCCAGUAUGAAACCAUCGAGCAGCUGCGGAGCCUCAGCCCCAAGAUCAUGCAGGAAGCCUUCCUGGUUCAGGAGGUGAUAGAGUUGCCUGUGACGGAGCGCCAGAUUGAGCGGGAGCACCUCAUCCAGCUGCGGCGCUGGCAAGAGACCCGCGGUGAGCUGGAGUGUCGCUCUCCACCCAGGAUGCAUGGUGCCAAGGCCAUCCUGGAUGCAGAGCCCGGUCCCCGACCUGCCCUGCAACCUUCACCAUCCAUCCGCCUGCCCCCAGAUGCAGCCCUCCCCAGCUCCAAGACUAAGCCACACAAGCAGGCCCAGAAGGAGCAGAAGCGGACAAAGACCAGUGGGCAACCGGACAAGUCCCCAGGCCUCAAUCAAGCCACAGUGGUGACUGCUUCAGGAGAUGCAUGUCCUCCUCAGGAUGCGCCCCCAAAGGAUCCAGUCUCCCAGGACCCGGCUCCCCAGGACUCUACUUCUCAGAACUUAGCCUACCACCAUUCCCAAGAGAGCCUGACCUCCCAGGAGAGUGAGGACACCUACUUGUAACCCCAGGAGCUCAAGCCUCUGGGCGGGGUCUUCUCUUGUCUUACACGGUUCAAAGACUGACAACACUCCAGGUCCUCUGCACCUGAGGAACCAACUGCUUGGCCAUUGGGCUGGGAUAGAAUCUGGCUGGUCCAGUACAGGUUCUACCUGAGCCUCCUUAUUUAUUUUCUCUUGAGUUGAGCUGGUCCAGCCAGCAUAGGCAGAAGCUAUGGCCGAAGGGGUUGGGUCUCAGCCCCAUCCUUCUGGGGGAUGUUCCCCAAGGAUUGGGUGCUGACAUGCGGGGAAGCGGUGGGGUACUCUUUGUAAAAUAGAAAAUAUGGUUUUGUACGGAAAUAAACAGGCUUGUAUAUAGA